AACGCGGGCAGAAGAUAAAAAAUUGUUGAAGAGUGAACUUGUGUCUGGUAUAUACCUCGUGUGUUUCGGCCUUCGCGAUAUUGUUCGCGUUUCCUGACUAGAACGGAAAGUGUUGUGAUGGUCGUGUGAAAAUGUGUGCAAGGAGGAUAGCAGAGUAUGAGGAGGAACGUUCUGGACUAAAAGAGGAAACUGAACCACCUCAACUACUGGACGCUGUGUUCAAGUUGCAGCCUCGAAUUGUGCUACGCAGAGCAGGGGUCGCCACAGCGCGUCAUCCUUUUCCAUACAUCAGUGAAUAUCUUCAUCCUGACCGCCAGGAGCCAGAGCCUUUUCACGUUAAAGAGGAAUCGGAGGAUAAAAAGGUCUCCCACAUCAAAGAAGAAGAGGAUCUUAAGGACAUCACCAAGUUUCCAUCGACUGGUGUCCCUUUGAAGAGUGAAUAUGAAGGUCAAAGUGAGGAGAGCAGAGGGGCGGAGCCUCCAAGCAGCAGCUCAAAUCAACACAUGACAAGAGAAGGCGAUGGAGACCACUGUGGAGGAUUCCAAGCAGACGGCCUCUUAGCUCCACUAUCAGAUAGUGACGACAUGACGUCACACUUUCCUGCCACUGAAGAUGAUGAAGAGUAUGAAGGUGAUAUGACAUGUCACAUUGCCAACAAACGGUGGAAAUGUACUCAGUGUGGGAAAACUUUUCCUCAUAAGAGCCAUUUGAAAAGACACACAAGAACACACACUGGUGAGAAACCUUUUUCCUGCUCAGUUUGUGGUAAAACAUUCAAUCGGAAUGGAGACUUAAAAAUACAUGAAAGAACCCACACUGGCAAUAAGCCUUUUGCCUGCUCAAUUUGUGGUCAAAGAUUCGCCAUAAAGUCCCGUUUAGAAUUACACACUAGAACCCAUACUGGUGAUAAACCUUUUGCCUGCUCAGUUUGUGGUCAACGAUUCGCUCACAAUGGAAGCUUAAAAAUACACACAACAAUGCACACCGGUGAUAAACCUUUUGCCUGCUCAAUUUGUGGCCAAAGGUUCUCUGUAAAGGCACGCUUAGAAUUACACACAAGAACCCACACUGGUGAUAAACCUUUUGCCUGUUCAGUUUGUGGCCUAAGAUUCACUCAAAAUGGAAGCUUAAAAAGACACGCAAGAACCCACACUGGUGAUAAACCUUUUCCCUGCUCAGUUUGUGGUCAAACAUUCACUCAGAAGGGAAACUUAAAAAUACACAAAAGAACUCACACUGGUGAGAAACCUUUUGCCUGCUCAGUUUGUGGGCAAAGAUUCCCUGUAAAGGCAAGCUUAGAAUUACACACAAGAACCCACACUGGUGAUAAACCUUUUGCCUGCUCAGUUUGUGGUCAAAGAUUCACUCAGAAAGGAAACUUAAAAACACACACAAGAACCCACACUCGUGAGAAACCUUUUGCCUGCUCCGUUUGUGGUCAAAGAUUCUCUCGUCAAAAGCACUUAAAAAUACACACAAGAACCCACACUGGUGAGAAAACAAUUGCCUGCUCAGUUUGUGGUCAAAGGUUCUCUAUAGAGGGAAACUUAAAAUGCACACAAGAACCCACUGGUGAUAAACCUUUUGCCUGCUCAGUUUGUGGUCAAAGAUUCUCUUGUAAGGAUGGCGUUAAGACGCAUAAGUGUGCUGGUUAGAAUCGUGGUGAUCGAGAAGCUCUAAAUGUAAAUGUUAGGUUCAAUUAGCUUCGUUUUAAACAUACUUUUGAACAGUGUAACCGAACCACACGUUUUCAGGUCAUUGUCAUAGUUAUUCCACAAAGUAACACCUCUAACAGAGACAUAUCUUUGUUUUAUAUUGGUUCUUGUCUUGUGCUUUUUUAGAACACCAGUUUCCUCAGAUCAUAACUCCCUCUCAUUUUAAACAGCUUUUGAAUGCCCUGGCCAAGUAAAUUAUUGCAUACUUUUUACUUCGUGCAGGUUUAAAUUCUAUUAAGUUAUAGAAAUGAAGAGUAUAUAAAUUGAUAAAUAUUCAGAUCGAUCAGUGAUUCUCUUCUCAGUAACUUAAAUAGGCUAAGUAUUGGUUUUGUUUGUUGCCCCAUAGCUCAACAUUGUAUGGAAGUAAUAGUGAGCAGUAAAGCGUAUAUAAUGAUUUCGUAUUCAGAAGAUCCUUGGUUUUUUGUUUUGUUUAUUUCAUUUUCACCAUAUUCAGAAUCUGUUGUAGGGUUUUGUCUGAGCAUUAGAGACUUGUAUCAUCAGUAAAAAAAAAAAAAAAAAAGACAUCUGACUACUUUAGAGACAUUGUAGAUAUCGGUGAUAUAUAAUAUGAAUAAUUUAGAGCCAAAUACAAUAUAUUUGUAAUAUAUUAUAUACAAUACCCAUCUAUAAAAAUUAUUUAUUUAUACAAGUAGCUAACCCUUGCAAGUAAGUUCCAUUACUGCCAUUGAGUUGGUCCUUUUUGCUGUAAGUCAUUAAUUUUCCCUAAGAAAAUUCUCAAUAAAUGCAUCAUCUUUGUGCAAAUAAUUUUUCCCAAAAAAUGUGAACUGUGGAAGUAGAGCUAUUAGUCUCUAGGUAUUGGGCAAGAAACAACCCACAUUUGAUUCUGAAUGAAUGUGGUUGGAUGUUUGUUGGUGGUCGGAGGGGCUGCAGGCGCAGAAUGGCAGCCACGCUUCCUUGAGACUGCCCCAGGGCAGCUCUGGCUUCACAAGUAGCUUACCACCACCAGGGUGUGACUGAGAGUGAGUGAAUAAUGCAUGAAAUUGUAAAGCAUCUUUGAGUGCCUAGAAGAAUGCUAUAAAAGUGCAUAGAUCAUUAUAUUAUAGAUUUUAUUGAAGAUUUUUAUUUGUAAAAUUGGUACGAUAUUUUGUUAUCCGUCGCUCUUGCUCUCAAUAGAUUGUUUCAGCUGCCACGAUGCCAAUUUUUUGUCAGGCUGAUAUAUUUUCCCAAAAACUAUCACGAUAAAGAAUAGUUUAUUUAUUUUUUUAUUUUUAAUGCCACUGAUACAUUAUAGAGCAUAAUGAUUCAAAUGCAUCCUUUUUAAGAACAAAUAACUUUCAAUUCUAAAGAACAUUGGCAUUGUAAUGUAGAACAGUAAAUAAAGUUAUCUUUAGAUAAAUACAAAAUAUUUUUUUAAAAAUCAUGCUCUGUCCACAAAAAUUGCACUUAAAUAUUAAACAUUUGACACAUGGGUAUAGAGUCAUUAGUCAUAAGGCCCAAAAAAAAUCUUAAAGCCUGCCAAAUUUAAAUGAAUUAAAAAAUAAUAAUAAUAAUUUGUACUCAAAGCAUUUGUACUUUGUCACUAUUUUUAUAUCAGAUAACUCUCCCCUAACUCUGCCUCUGAUUGGCGAGCAACCAAGACAGGAUUUGUAAUUUUGAUUCACUGCGUGGGGAAGCACUUCAUCAACACACAUACAUACAGCAUGGAAGGCGUGUCUUAAACCAUGCAGCUACAGACGCAGAAUGAAUAUGCUUCAUGCGUCCCUGCUAAUUUUUGUGCGUCUUGGACGCGGGACACACGUCAAACGAGAUCCUUGUCAGUGUACUGCAUUAUUAUUAUUAUUAUUAUUAUUAUUGUAGUUCGCAAAUGUUGUCUUCCACUUUUAUCGACAAGAGUUACUGUAGCGGCUUUUUUUUUUUGGGGGGGGGUGGGGAGCAGUUUGAAAAGAUAGAUUACAGAUGUAUGUAAAUGGUUGUACUGUGCUCUCAAAACUUUUUACUAAUACCAUAUCAAUAUCAAAACAAUGUUUCUUUUUUCAUUUUUAGUUUUUACCUUAUCUAGUAUUUCUUUUAUUUACAGCAUUAAUAAACAGGAUGUUUAUAUAUAUAUAUAUAUAUAUAUAUAUAUAUAUAUAUAUAUUUGCACAGGAAAUAAAUUUUUAUUUUUUUAUAUCACAACCAAUAUGGGGUUGUUUCCCUAAGUCCAUUUUAAAGGCAGCAAUGGAUCUUUGUGUUUUAGGUCAUAUGAAAUCUCAUAGGAAAUUAUUAUUAUUAUUAUUAUUAUUUUUUUCCUCAAACACAUUUUCUAAAGCUUGGUAAUAGAGGAAGAUGAUCACAUAUUUAUGAGAAGACCACUUACAGUAUUAUCGUCAAUUUCAUUCGUGAAUAUAUAAUCUCUCAGUGUCGCUGUAUGAUUCUACUUGGUUUCAUAAGAGUCGAUAUAAAAUGUAUGGAUGAAGUUGCUGUUUUUUUUUAAUAGCUAUUUGAGUUGAUAGUCUAUUAAAAUUACAAAUUAUUUGUACUUUUCUACUAUUUGAGUUGCUCAAAAUGGAAGUUAGUAUAUCAUUACAAGUGUCAAGGCAGGAGCCUGGUGUUCUAUAAAAGCAGCUCAUUUUUUUAUUAUUAUUACAGUUGUCUUGAACAUAUAUUUCAAUUGUUUUCUGUGGUGUUAGUCAUAUAUUCAUCUGGUUGCAUCUCAGUGUUCUAUCCACACAUAUAGCAACAUCACUUCCUUUUUGAUUCUUCUUGUGCAUUGUCAAUAAUUCAUAUCCAUCCAGUCCCAUAUCACAUGCUUUCCUCUGUCAAGCCAGGUUUCUGAUAUAGCAAUGAUAAAAAUUUGUAUUCAGGUAUACUUUAAUUUGAGUGAAAUUUGUCUACAGGCUUCUAUUAUUCAAGUGGAAGAUAAUCAGUUUCCCCCUUUGAAAUGUUCCAUAUCGAAAUUAAUUAAAUCAUCCUGAUUUCCAAAAAUUGACAUUCUUGUAUUCUACUGACCACAUUUAUCGCCAUGUUCCAUCCAUCCAUUUCACAGACCGCUUUAU